AUGGCCACUCCGAAGACCUGGAAGUCCCCUCUUACUGGCUACGAGAACGCCGAACCUCUCCCAGACACUCGCAACGAGGACGGCAAGUCCUUCUUCAACCCUCCUGCGCCGCUGUCGAAGGCGUACGAAUCCUUCACCGAGCCGAUCCUACCGAUGCCCAAGAACGGGUUUGACUUUCACAUCUACUUCAUGCAGAGCAACCCAUCAGAGGUCAAGUACGCUCACGAGCUCCAUGAACGCAUCCGGCGCGAAUUCCCAGAGCUGAGGAUCUACCAAGUCUGGGAGAAGCCCGUCGGCCCUCACCCUGUGGGCAUGUUCGAAGUGAACGUCUUCAAUCCGCAGCAGUUAGGCGCGUUCUUCGCGUGGAUGGUGAUCUGGCGCGGUCCUCUCUCGGUUCUUGUUCACCCUAACUCGGAUGAUGAGUUCGCGGACCAUACUGAGCAUGCGACGUGGAUGGGGAGGCCGUGGCCUUUGAACACUGCUAUCGUCAGCAAGGUUGGGUAUGGCAACCAUUGA